AAGCGAGAGGGAUAAAAAAGGCGGUUUUGGGGGGCGGCUGUGGAUCGCCUUAAAAGCCGUCUCCUUUUUCCGCUAUACCCUAAAUUUCUCCAUUUCUUCAAUCUCUACUUGUACGGGCUUCAACUCCUUGACUUGUUGGAGCGUCAAUGGCUUCGAAGCGUAUUUUGAAGGAACUGAAGGAUUUGCAGAAAGAUCCUCCUACUUCAUGCAGUGCUGGACCUGUAGCUGAAGACAUGUUCCACUGGCAAGCAACAAUUAUGGGACCCCCUGAUAGCCCAUAUGCAGGAGGUGUAUUCCUAGUUACUAUUCAUUUUCCUCCUGAUUAUCCUUUCAAGCCCCCUAAAGUUGCUUUUAGGACCAAGGUCUUCCACCCAAAUAUCAACAGCAAUGGAAGUAUUUGUCUUGAUAUUCUUAAAGAACAGUGGAGCCCUGCACUUACCAUCUCUAAGGUGCUGCUCUCCAUCUGCUCAUUGCUGACCGAUCCAAAUCCUGACGACCCUCUCGUACCAGAGAUUGCCCACAUGUACAAGACCGACCGAGCCAAGUAUGAAACAACUGCUCGGAGCUGGACACAGAAGUAUGCGAUGGGAUAAUGUACAAGCUCCUUUGUGAAUAUAUAUUAUGUUGCCGUAUGAUGAUGUGUUAAACCAUGGGUUUGUUGGUCUAUUACAGACUUGCGGUAGGAAAAUUUAUAUAUAUAUGUAUGGGUUCUGUAAUGAACCAUCUUGCCUGCUUUGUGAAACUAUAUUUUGGGGUUUGAAAAGGAAGAAAGAUGUUAGGGAUAUUAUUACUUUGGUAUCAUGUAUUGUUAUUUCAUGGUGAAGGUUUUUUUUUGUGUGA